CAGGGUUUUCAUCCCAACUCGCUACAGUCGAUUCUGAACUUUCGGAUUGAGGGUGUUGGAGGACGCUGUCACAGCUUUUCUUCUCUGCUCUAUUUCAACACGCGUGGAUCGAAGUAAACUUAAUAUGAAAACAUGUCUGUAAAUGAAGUGUACGUUUUCAGACCAUUCAAGUUGAUUGCUUUACUUUGUGUCUUUCUGGCAUUGUGUCUGGACAUUGUAGCGUUAUUGAGUCCCGCCUGGGUAACCGCAGAGCGGUUUUCUUUGUCGCUAUGGGAAUCAUGCACCGAAAAAGACUCUGGCUGGAGAUGCCUUUCCACCCUCACAUCUGACUGGCAGAUAGCCACCCUCGUGUUGCUGCUGGCCGGUGCUGCGGUGACUCUGGUGGCCUUCCUGGUGGCCCUCAUCUCCCUGUGCCGGGGGACACACAGACUGCACUACCGCACAGUAGCCGUGUUCAUGUUCGCUGCAGUGGUCCUUCAGGCCUGUGCACUGGUCCUCUACCCAAUCAAGUUCAUUGAUGGAACCGUCCUGCAGACCUACCAUGAGUUCAACUGGGGCUACGGACUGGGCUGGGGAGCCACCAUCUUCAUGCUAGGGGGAGGCAUCCUCUUCUGCCUCCGGACGGACAUGUACGAGGACGCUAUGUACUGAGCCCUCAUCUCUCUCCUUCUCCUACUCUCUCUAUCUCUCUCUUGCUCUUUCUGUCACGCACACACACACACACACACACAAAUAAAUAUUCACACCCAUACUCUGGUACAACAACACACACACACGCACACGCGCACACGCACACACACAAAUAAAUAUUCACACCCAUACUCUGGUACAACAACACGCACACACACACACACACACACACAAAUAAAUAUUCACACCCAUACUCUGGUACAACAACACGCACACACACACACACACACACAAAUAAAUAUUCACACCCAUACUCUGGUACAA